AUGGGAAACCUAACAUCAGUGACAGAAUUCAUUCUUCUUGGACUGACAGAUAAUGUCAUGCUUCAAGCUGUGCUUUUCCUUUUUCUGCUUCUAACAUAUUUCUUGAGUAUCAUGGGAAAUCUGACCAUCAUCAUUUUGACCCUACUGGAUCAUCACCUCCAGACACCUAUGUAUUUCUUCCUCCAAAAUUUUGCAAUUUUGGAAAUAUCUUUUACCUCUGUCUUUGUUCCCCAAACUCUAGUCAAUAUUGGAACUGGAGACAAGACUGUCUCUUUUGCUGGUUGCUUCACUCAGUAUUUUUUUGCAAUCCUUCUGGGAGCAACCAAAUUUUACCUUUUAGCUGCCAUGUCUUAUGAUCACUAUGUUGCCAUUUGUAGACCUCUGCAUUACACAGCUGUAAUGAGCAAGAGACUUUGCAUUCAACUUGUCCUAAGUUCCUGGCUCUCUGGUUUUGUAAUUGUUAUUGUGUCACAUAUAUAUCAGCUGCCUUUCUGUGCAUCCAAUGUCAUCAAUCAUUAUUGCUGUGAUUAGACUAUAUUAUUGCAUUUGUCCUGUGUAGACACACAUUUUGUAGAAAGGAUUCAUUUUGUCCUUGCUGCAGUGACCCUAAUCCUCACCUUGUUUCUGGUGAUUCUUUCCUACACCUGCAUUAUCAGGACCAUUCUGAGAAUCCCUUCCAUUCAACAGAGAAAAAAACCCUUUUCUACAUGUUCCUCUCACAUGAUUGUGGUCUUACUUUCUUAUGGAAGCUGUAUCUUCCUAUAUAUAAAUCCUUCUGUCAAGGAUGCAGAAAAUUUUAGUAAGAGGGUGGCUGUUUUAAACACCUCCAUUGCCCCUGUGUUGAACCCCUUCAUCUACACUCUAAAAAAGCAAGUGAAAAAAGCCUUCAAAGAUAUGGUAAGUAAAAUGACAACUUUUUUUAAAAAGUGA